AUGGAGCCAGAUACACCCCAAGAUACAUACGCCUAUGAGAAUAUGGCCUCUCCGUCUUCAGGGCCACAUAAAGCAAAGAAAAAGCGAAUUCGGAACUGGACUGCCGAGGAUCGCGCCGUGCAUCGUGAAUUCGAGAAGUCGAGGCGAGAGGCAUUCAGUGAACGCCUGAUGGAGCUGACCGACCUAUUGCCAAUGCUGAGAGCCGAGCAGCGUCCUUCAAAGCACGUCAUUGUAGAUGCGAGUAUCUCUUACCACAAAGCACAAGAAGCCAGAUAUCACCAGGCGGCCCGUGUCAUUCAAGAUCUCCUAUUCGAGCGUGAUGAACUGCUCCGAGAGGUCAAUAGUCUCCGGCCCUUGUGUCAAGCGAGUGGUUGGGCUCCGCGCCAACCCCGACCAGUCGACCCCGCUGUGGUUUCGAUGCUGUCCGACAAGGGGCCGACUGUAUCCACCAGUAAACAGACAGAUAUUGCGCCUAACAAUCCAGUGCUUCAGACCAAUCCUUCACUCGCUGCUCCCGGCAUUGCCUCUUUGUCGUUACAAACACCUCAGGCGGUGUCCGGUCUCCCUCCUCUUCCUCAGCCAACAUACAACGCAGACGACUGGUCUUGGUCUAGCGCACCCAAGUCUACAUCUUUCUCUUUGGACAUCACAGGGGAUCACCCGGCUGUUUGGAAUACACCACCUGAAGUAGUUGAAGCCACGCCACCAAAAGAUGGAGAAUUGGGGUAUGACCCCAACACAUCAUAUCUGAUCAGUGAUUCCGCCUUUUUCUGGACACAACACCCCAGCUUAAAUACCACAACCCCACCAGGCGAUGGUGACUUACAAUAUGGCACAAAUGACACGGUUGUGCCGGAGGAAGUACCAUUAAUUUGGCCCCAAAGUAUGGCUAUCUCAACAACUGCCCCAUUCAACAACGAGGAAGCGAGAUCCGACAAUCAGAAUUUCCAAUCGAUCAAUUCAUUCUCAAAUCCGGCUAGUCUAUCUAUAUAA